AUGAGCACCAAGAAUUCUGCAGAAGUGUCUGCUAGCCAAAAAAGAGGAUUUACAUGCUGGAACAAUGCCAAUAUUAGGGAUAAGCCAUCAUCUAUCAAAAGCCUUAUUGACUGGCUUACCUAUGCAGUAAACUACAGUUGCUGGAAAGGUGGGGAUUCCAGUAGAAAGACAAAAGAGACUCUUUGCUCAGAGAUCAAAGCUAUAUUGUUUGAGAAUGAUAUUACUCACCAGUCCAACAGUGAUAUCCGCAGCAAGAUACAGUACUUGCAUGACAAGUUCAAGGAUGCCACUGAUUUUAUCAACGGAACCGGUCAAGGGAUUCUUAAUGAUGUAGACAAGAAUGGCAAUCCCACAGCUGCAGCUGAAAAGACGCUUAAAGUAAUAGAGUGGUUUGUAAUAAAUAAGAGCUUUAUGUCUCUGUUUGAUGUGAUGAUUAGCAGACCAUCAACUGUAGCUCCCUUCCCAGUGUCAAAUAGAGACCCAGCUGAUGUUUCCAAUGUGUUUGAAAGGGCUAGCCAAUAUGACAAGGAAGCAACUCAAGUAGAAGUUGAUGGAGGCAAGGGAGGCAAGGGAGGCAAGGGAGGCAAGGGAGGCAAGGGAGUCCAGGAUGUCCCAGAUGUCCAGGAUGUCCAGGAUUUCCAAGAUGUUCUUGAUGUCCAGGAUUUUGAACAGUUUGAAACGACGUUCCCAUUCCACGAGAGGGAACUUCAGCAUCAAAAAGACAUUCACGAUAACAAGAUGAUGUUUGAGAGAAAAAGGCUGGAGAUCAAAGAGAAACGAGUCCAGAAUGAAACACAACAAGCAGAGAAUGAAGCAAAGCGAUUGGAGAAUGAUGGCAUUCAAAUCAAGCUUCAGUACAUUGCCAAGUCGGAGAGUUUGGGACUUUCUAAAGAGUGUAUUUUGAAGGAAUUAAAUAUAACACUUUAA